AUGUAUUGUGGAGUGACUUUUAUAAAAAUUUUCCAGAAAUUGUCGAUUGAAGAGAGGAGCCGUUACGAGGAGGGAUUUCAGAGGAAUGCCUUCAAUCAGUAUGCAUCGGACAUGAUUUCAGUGCAUCGAAGUCUACCCAGUUAUAUUGACGAAGAAUGUCGAAGCGAACAAUACUCAAGCAAUCUGCCGAACACUUCCGUAAUAAUAUGUUUUCACAACGAGGCCUGGUCGGUGCUGCUGAGGACUGUUCACAGUGUGAUUGAGAGGACACCCGAUCAUCUUCUUGCCGAAGUGAUUUUGGUGGACGAUUUCUCAGACAUGGCACAUCUUAAGGUACGUCAGAUAUUUCACUCGGUGAAACAUUUCUGCAUGCAAUAA